CGAGGCGACAUGAAAAGGCGGCCAAUUUUAAGCAAGAUUGCAAUGAAAUUUAUAGUAUAUUUUCGGGCCUGAAAAUAAUUCCUCUUGGCAGAGGAAUUAUUCAUGACUGUCUAAUAGAAUUUCAUUCCCUCCAGAAUCGUGACUGCAUAUAUGAGUAUGGACGAUAUAAAGUUCCUUAAAAAGUACAUCGACUAUAACAUCAAGUACUUGGGAGCAAACCAUGUCCACAACGCUGAGGCCUUUAAAACGUGCUGUAAGCAGUUCUUCGAGGUAUCUACGAAGUAUGUGCACAAGCUAAACCACCAGUCAGCACAAUCAUUUCGAUACUUCGCAAGCAUUGCGGAAAUAGAGCCAACAAAGUGGACACAAAUCGCCCUAGACAUCGAGCGUGACAUGAACACGGCUGUCCUUUUUGUUGCUGAAACCUACGAAUCAGUCAGAGGCAGAGACUCCAUAUGCCUUGUGGGAGGAACAGCUUGGGAGCUGCCAGCAGUGUGCGGAAGGCAAGGAAUGAAAACCUGGAUUGAGAGUGCCCAGGCGCCUAACUUUCGUCAUGGUUCAGCCUUUAUGCCAAGUAUAAGUGUCAGCGCCACGGUAUAUGACAAAAUGUCAGCAGCCAGCAGCGCAACUCUUGCUGAAAUGAGGAAAUCGCCGAAUGUGAUUUCAGCCUCCAGUACUCGAGAUAAGUCUACCGAAAAAUCCUACCAGGCAAGCAAACUUAUUCACAAGACUUAA